CGAAUCGGAAGUUCACGUCUAGUCGCCGUGGCGAUAGCUCCGCCCACUCCCCGCCACGGAGAAGUAGGUCCCUGCAUCCCGCCGCCCAGGAUCUGAAGCUGGGAGCCCGAGCUCCCGUGCCCAUUUGGACUUUCACAAUCAGAGAUGGCAGCAAAGAUGACAUCAUCGGAAACUACCACGCCUUGGUCUUGUCAUCCAGUAUAUGCAAGAUACUGGCAACAUUAUUAUCAAGCAAUGGCUUGGAUGCGAAGCCACCAGAAUGCCUAUCGGAGGGCCAUGGAGUCUUAUUUCUGUUCCCCCUGGUACUUCACUCCAGGAGGUCUUCCCCAGAGCUUUUAUGCUAAGAAAGGUAGAUCUUCUCAGCCCUUCUAUGACCAUCACCUGUCCUCCAAGGACUCCCACUGUGAUUAUUCACAUUCUCCAAGGUCUGGGCAGCGUCCUCCUGACACCACAAGCGAAGAGCAAUCUUGGACCACAGAAGAGGAGGCGGAGACCGACUCAGAUGAUGAGGUGGAGUGUGACCUGAGCAACAUGGAGAUCACAGAGGAGCUCCGCCAGUACUUUGCAGAGACGGAGAGGCACAGGGAGGAGCGGCGGCGGCAGCAGCAGCUGGACGCGAAGCGCCUGGAGGACUAUGUGAACGCCGACCACGAUCUGUAUUACAAGACAAGCCGCUCCAUGGAGCCCCCCUCCGAGAGCCCCAGCGAGCGGCGCCAGGCCGAGAUGAAGCGCUUGUACGGGGACAGCGCCGCCAAGAUCCAGGCCAUGGAGGCCGCUGUGCAGCUGAGCUUUAACAAGCACUUUGACCGAAAGCGGCCCAAGUACUGGCCGGUCAUCCCGCUGAAGUUCUGAGUCCUGGGCCCCCAGCCAUCACCCCCUUCCUCUGGGAUUUGCUCCUUCAUCUGCUUCUGUGCGUUUUCUCAAGGAAAGGGGACGUUGUCCUGAGAAAUCAGCAUGUUCACCAAAGUGCCAGUGGGCCUGUCAUGUGUGGGGUGGGAGGGAAGAGAGGAGGGGGUGAGGGUGGGGGAGGGGCUGCAAGGGCCGAGCCCCUUGCAUGAAUUUCGUGUCAUAUAUCAGCCUUUUUAAAGCAGCAGGGCAUGUACUGUUGCCUGCUUGCGAGGUUUUUCUUGACAUAAAAUGAUCAUUUCAUAUGCGUUACACUGUUCCGUUCAUUGAAGUUCUCACUUAGGGAUACUGCCUAGGUCAGUGGUCGGCAAACUCAUGAGUCACCAGAGCCAAAUAUCAACAGUACAAGGACUGAAAUGUCUUUGGAGAGCCACAUUUUUUAAACUUAAACUAUAUAGGUAGGUACAUUGCUAUUCACUUCAUUAGGGUGCUCCUAAGCUGGCCUUUGCUAAAAACGUCCUCAAUCUGAGGGGUCGACCUCAGCGAACGUACCCCCACUUCUUCUGACACCACUUCUUCAAAAUAGACUCGCCCAGGCCGAAAACGGACUUCUGCGCAUGGGCCACGAAGUUUCAAUCGCACUGUACGGGCGCGCCUGCACGUGGUAUUUUGUGGAAGAGCCACACUCAAGGGGCCAAAGAGCCGCAUGUGGCCCGCGAGCCGCGGUUUGCCGACCACUGGCCUAGGUUUUUGUCUUUUUCUGCUUGCUUCUAUCUUGAACCCAGCUGAACUAGGCAGAUGCUAUAAAUGUGGCAGAUGUGGUCUCCUGCUGGAACUCCUCCGCCCCCACCGAGAAUGGGCCAAGCAUGCAGCCAGACGGGGUCUUCUCUCCCUGCGAGGUCAGCACGCAUGUGCUGCCAAGGGCCAGAGAAUUCACACUUUGGCUUUCAGGCUGCAGGUCUGUGUCCUGACUGCUCAGUUGUGCCCUUGCCACCUGAAAGCAGCCAUAGACAAUAAGUAUACAAGUGAGUGUGACUGUGUUUCAAUAAAACUUUAUUUAUAAAAA